GUGGUUAUGGAAAAACGAUUCAGGCUCCGGGCACGUUACACGGUUGCGCUGAGAGAUGUUAUUUUAUUUUAUUUUAUUUUAUCCUAUACCGUUCUUAGAUGCCUUGUUGGAGAACAUCACAUCACUGCUGGAAAUAAACAAUGUCCACAGGAAUGAACCACCUUAAUGACACUGGGCACUUCGAUUAGAUGAGAUAACAGAAGACAGAAAAUUUGCUCUGAUCUGCGUUAAAAAGGCUUUAUUGGCAUGUUGAUGCGCCAUCAUUGGCUGCUGGUUGGUGCCUGUGGCUGGGUGCUACUCAUCCUAAUCUUCAUCAGCAAGUUUAUUAACUUCAGCAUCAGAAUGCCAGAUGACUAUGUAGGGAGGACAGUGUUUGGUUGGGCCAUGCCAGCUGUUAGGAGAAUUAACCUUCAUUCAGCCCAGCAGCCAGACAAAGCAGCAUCAGAGCCAUUCAUAGUGUCCUCAGUUUAUCCCUCUAUAUUGGAGCCCAAAGACUGGCAGUCAGUGAAUGAGAAGCGUUUGGAGCUGUUAUCAACUGUUUGCAGAAAUUCGUCUUUUUGGAACAUCACUCAUUCGACUGUGCACAGAUUUGUCUUGGACCGCAUUUUUGUGUGUGACAAACACAAGAUUCUCUUCUGCCAGACACCUAAAGUGGGUAACACACAAUGGAAGAAGGUCCUAUUAGUUCUCAAUGGAAAGUUCUCCAAGGUUGAAACUAUACCAGAAAACCUGGUUCAUGACCAUGAGAGAAAUGGAUUACCUCGCCUUUCCUCCAUGACUGACACAGAGAUUAAUCGAAGAUUAAAUUCCUACUUCAAGUUCUUCAUUGUCAGAGACCCGUUUGAGCGUCUCAUAUCUGCUUUCAAAGACAAGUUUGUGAAAAACCCACGAUUUGAACCUUGGUACAAACAUGACAUCGCCCCAGCCAUCAUCUGGAAAUAUCGCAAAAAUCACAGUGAUGACGGUGAAAGUGUAGGUUUGCGGUUUGAAGACUUUGUUCGUUACUUGGGUGAUGAACCAGGUCGACACCAUUUGGACAGGAAGUUUGGUGACCAUGUUAUUCACUGGCUGAAGUAUACUGAUCUGUGUGCUCCUUGUGAUAUUUCCUACAACGUGGUGGGACAUCAUGAGACUCUUGAGCGUGAUGCUCCAUACAUCCUAAAAGCUGCUGGUAUCGCUAACCUGGUGUCAUACCCCAACAUUCCGCCUGGGAUAACCCAGUACAAUCGCACAAAGGUGGAACACUAUUUCACUGGAAUCGGCAAACGAGAUGUUCGCCACCUGUAUGCUCUUUACCGGGGGGACUUCAGCUUAUUUGGUUACCCAAGACCUGAUUUCUUAUUGGAUUGAUAAAAAGAGAUUGCUUGUUUUUUUCUCUUGGGGACUAGAAAUGUUGUUUACCAAGUAUAAAGUUGCAACAAAACUAGUGUUUACCUGUCUGAACAACAAAAUGGGUUUUGCAAAGUCGUGUCCUUUUCAAUGCUGAUUGAAAUCCAAAUUAAUAAUUUUUACAGAUAAUUAUUCAUGUAUCUUUGCUCUGUGAUCUGCAUAAAAGGGCAACUUGAAUUACUACACACAUAAACACAUGGCUGCCUAGAAUUAAAGUUUUUUUUACCCGUUAUGCUUUGACUAAGAUAGCAGUCUCUAAUAGUAAUAUCAUCUGUACACUGAAAAAAAAAUUACGCUGAAGUUACUUAAAAAUAUAGUGCAUCAUUUUUGCGACCAAUUUUUUAAGCCAGUUCUAAAUGAAAUUUUAAGCAGCAUUACCUUAAAUUAUUUAGUAGGCAUUGCUUAAAUUUUUGAGUAACCCUGACCCUAUUCCCAGUGCAAGGGAUUUUGCUUAAUUUUUUCGAUUGGUGUGACUCACAAUUUUAAGUUGUUUUUACUAACACAUUUUUGUUAUUUCUACCAAAAAAGUCUAGUUUACCCUCAUGAUCAAAUGUAAGCUCAUUUAGAUUAAUAAUUUUAUGUUCUUAACACCUACAAUACAGAAACAAAGGUCAGCUGUGAAAUGUUAAAAGCUUUAUUUUUUCACUGAAUCAUUUAAACAUGAAACAUACAGCAGUUCAGAAAUGUAAAUUUCAUUGUACAACAAAAACAAAUAAACGAUACUAAACAACAGA